AUGGUGGCCAAACAAGUUCCUACUGAGGAUGCUCCGAUGUCGCUCGUCAAUAAACGGCUUGAUACUCUGACAGCACAGCUUGACAACCACAGACACAGGCUUGAUGGCCUGGAAACGGACUCCCGGUCUUCGAGACACGGCUCCUUCGAUAUGCCCUCCAAAGUCUCAAACAAGAGGUCAGAUCACGCCGGCAUCCUAACACAAGCACAAAGUCAUAUGACUCCAGGUGCGAACAUCUUGGCCGAUGCCAGGGUCAUCGCGGAGGGUCGGGAUGACCGUAGCAAAAUUCGGCGCUUGAAAGGCAUCUUCAGAGACCAUUAUUCCGUGUCCUGGGAUGAAUCUCAAGUGCUGAAUGAGCUGGCAAUGGCUGAAACUGGCAUGAUUGAUAUCUUCAAUAUUCGGGCAAAUCUGCACACAUUUCCCAAGUGGCAGAGGCCGAAACACCGCCCACAACGCCGACAGAUUCAGAAAAUUUGUGACUAUUGGAUUGACCUUUGGCGCCAUGAUCCUUUGAUUUCUGUUCCAGCUGAGGCCUCACGUCAACUAUGGGUACUCUACAAUUCGUGA